UGUGCGGGGUGGGACCAGGCGGUCUCCGAACGUGGGCGGAAAGAACCGAAGCGGGGGAAGAGGCGGAACCUGCCGAAGAGCUCCGAGCGGCUUCGGCAGGUAGCCCUGGGAGUGGAACCCUAUAGCAGCCAAGUUUGUCCCUCGCCUCUCCGGCGGAGUUCGCAUUGAAGACGAGGCGGCGGCGGCGGUGGUCUUUGUGCCCAGCGGUGUCAUGGGUGCUUGUCUGGGGGUCUGCUCUGUCCUGAGCUGCGUCUCAUGUCUAUGUGGUUCUGCUCCAUGUCUCUUGUGUGGCUGCUGUCCCUCGACCAAGAGCUCUACCAUAACCCGCCUGAGCUUCACCUUCCUCUUGCUCCUGGGCACACUGGUAUCUAUUAUCAUGAUCAUCCCUGGAGUGGAGGCGGAACUUCACAAGCUUCCUGGAUUCUGUGAAGGAGGCACCUCCCUCCCAGGCACCCAAGGCGUCGUCAACUGCAAGUCCUUCCUAGGCCACAAAUCGGUGUACCGCAUGUGCUUUGCAACAGCUGCUUUCUUCUUCCUGUUUGCCUUGAUGAUGAUCUGUGUGCGGAGUAGCAAAGACCCGAGGGCAUACAUACAGAACGGGUUUUGGUUCUUCAAGUUCCUAAUACUGGUUGGAAUAACCGUGGGGGCCUUCUAUAUUCCGGAUGGAGCCUUCACAUCUGUUUGGUUCUACUUCGGCGUGGUUGGCUCUUUCCUCUUCAUCCUCAUCCAGCUCAUCCUUCUGAUUGACUUUGCGCACUCCUGGAGCCAAAACUGGCUGCACAGUGCAGAUGAAGGCAAUUCCAAAUCCUGGUAUGCAGGCCUCUUCUUCUUCACCUUCCUCUUUUAUGCGGCCUCCAUUGCUGCGGUGGUGCUACUGUAUGUGUAUUACACGAAACCGGACAGCUGUGCAGAAGGCAAAGGGCUCAUCAGUGUUAAUCUCAUCCUCUGUGUUGCUGUCUCAGUUAUCUCCAUCCUGCCCAAGAUCCAGGAAGCCCAGCCUCACUCAGGCCUUCUACAAGCCUCCAUCAUCACGCUGUACACCAUGUUUGUCACCUGGUCAGCGUUGGCCAAUGUACCAAACAAAUACUGUAACCCAACCCUUUUGGUGCGAAACUAUAGCACAACCGCCCAGCCUUAUGAGCAGCAACCGACUCAGUGGUGGGAUGCCCCGAGCAUUGUGGGGCUGGUCAUCUUCAUUCUGUGUACGCUCUUCAUAAGUAUCCGCUCCUCUGACCACACCCAAGUGAACAAGAUGAUGCUGACAGAAGAAAGCACAGCUACGUUGGGGGGUGGCAGUCCAAGCCUUGAAGAUGGGGUGCACCGGGCCUAUGACAAUGAGGAGGACGGCGUGUCUUACAACUACAGCUUCUUCCACCUCUGCCUCGUCCUGGCCUCCCUCUACAUCAUGAUGACACUCACCAACUGGUACAGACCUGAUGAAACUCACCAGAAGCUGAUCAGCCCCUGGACUGCAGUUUGGGUGAAGAUCUCCUCCAGCUGGUUUGGGCUCCUCCUCUACGUGUGGACUCUGGUCGCUCCCAUUGUGCUUCCAGACCGAGACUUCAGCUGAAAGAACUCAGGAACGUGCCUCUGCUCAAACCAUGCAAGCAAAAGAGACCCAGUCCCAGACAAAGGAAGAUCCUGGGGCCCAGUGCUUGAAUUCAGAUGUAGGUUCUGGACACCCAAGCUUUCUAUUUUCCUGUGCCUUCUGGCCCUUGGAGCUUCAGACCGAUCUUCCAGACUGGUGCCUUUCUCUGUUUUAUUGCUAAGGAAUAUGAUGCUACCAAAAAGAAAAAAGUCACUGCUCUACUAUACUCGACACCAGAGCAAUAAGGCCGGGUGAUGUGGAUUUGGUUACUGUUGCUAUUGAGCUCUUAAGCAUGUUGCAAAGUGUCUGAGGUGCUUGAAACGUGGUUUGCCAUUAUUUUGUAAGGAGUGUUUAAGAAUAAUGGCUGACAUGAUGCAUAGCAUACCGCCUCCACGAGGAUCCGCUGCAGGGCUCUUGCAAAUUUUAAAGGAAGCUCUAGAGUGAUUGUGGGAGCUGUAUUUCAGCAGCUUUCCCCAUUUGGAAAUGCAGCUUCCUUUGAUGCCCGCAAGAGCCCUACAGUGGAUCCUUAUGGAGGCUGCAUGUCAUGUCGGCAAAUAAGUGUAAAGUAGCUGUUUAAUGUAGCUCUAUCUCUUUACCAGUUUGCCUUGUUAUGGGAGGAAGCCUUUUAGACAAAACCUUGUUACACUUUUGAUAAUGCAACCUUUGUUUAACUAAAAAAAGAUGUUUAAAUAAAAACAGACACAUUUGAGUGUCAAUCAUCAGGAA